UAAAAGUGGUGUUGUUUGUGCGUAACUUUCUUGAGGCGUGAGAUGUGGUGGCUGCUGGCGACUGCUUCAGAUUUCGUGCCGAUGAAAACUAUGUAGAGGGUUGGUGUCAAAAGCAACCGAAGCAAACAGAAGCAGAGGAUGGUAUUCUUCAGGAAACAUGUGCCAUCCUGCAUGCUUCCCGUUGUGAUUUUCGCAUUCCAGUUCUUCUGUCCAGUCGAAUCUGGGAUUCGAUUGAGCAAGUCGGUUGGCUAUUACGAAAUUCUUUCGUACCCUCCGGAACCUGUGCACGAACAACAUCAUCGGGUCAAGCGUUCUCAGCAACCUGAAGUUGAAACCGUUGAAAUUGAUUUCAACAGUCACGGGAAAGACUUCCGGUUGCGACUGAGGCGAGAUACUACGACCUUCACCGACAGCUAUCGGCAACGGACAAGUGCUGAUGAAGAGGAUGCUACCAUUGAUCUGACUCAUUUGUACAGCGGUUAUUUAAAAGAUGUGCCCGGUUCCACUGUGUACGGUUCUGUGUGGGAUGGCGUUUUCGAAGGUAACAUUGAAACGCCUGAAGACGGGACGUAUUUCAUAGAACGUGCUACGAAGCAUUGGAAUAAAGAUAGUCGGAUAUUCUUCCUCGACAACGCUGACGUCGACGAGAAUGCUGCAACUCUGGAACUCCGAAGUGAUGGUGUUGGAGCAGCAGAGGAAAGCUUUCCGAUGCGCGAUAAAUUUCAUUCGGUGAUUUACCACGAGGACCAAGUGUCCAGUGUCCCUUUGGGGAAGAACGAUGGUAAAAAAUUUGGUUCCUGCGCACUGAAUGAUGAUACCGUUGAAAACUGGAUGCAUGAAGUAGAGCGAUCUGUUGAGAUCGAUCAACCCGUUGAAGUUUCCAAGUCUUCCAUUUCGUCAAAUGCAUUGGACCUCAAUCUAAAAAGAAUCAAACGUUCACCGCAAUCAUCAGCUAGUCGGCAAUAUUCGACUAACGGCAACAAUCGAAGAACAAGUUAUCCUAGUCAGCAACGCUCCGGAAACAAUGGUAGCGGUGUGGGGAGUGGAAAUGGAAGUGGAACGUGCGAAAUGUUUAUCCGCACUGAUCCGAUGUUAUACAAGUAUUUUCACAAAACGGAAGGGAUUCCUGAGGAUCGUGUGCAAGAAGAAAUUGCAUCCCUUGUGCAGCAGUUGAUAAAGGCAGUGUCGAAUAUUUAUUCAAAUACGAAAUUCAAUAUGGGGCGCUACAACCACUCCGGAAUAACCUUUGCUGUGCAACGGUUGCGGGUUGAUAAUUAUACAAAGGACUGUGUGGAGGAUCGGAGAGGCAGUGCCAAGCCGAAGAAUAUAUUUUGCAGCCCGAGCAUCGACGUCACGAAUUUUCUAACGUUUUUCUCGCAUGAGAACCACGAUGCGUUCUGUCUGGCGUUCAUGUUGACGUGUCGAGACUUCAGUGACGGCACACUGGGACUCGCCUGGGUUGCUUCCCCAUCCCGAGGAAACAAAGGCGGAGUUUGUGAAAGGAGGGGACGAAUAACUGGUCAUGACCAGGAACUAAGUCUGAAUACCGGCGUGGUGACGUUUCUGAAUUACAAUUCCAAAGUCACCAUAAAAGUAUCUCAGCUAACGUUGGCGCACGAAAUUGGACACAACUUUGGAGCUGCCUCCGUUUUUCUUAGAACACGAGUCAUAAUCCGUUGCGAGAGUAAACAUUUGAGUCAUUUUUCGCAGCACGAUCCGGACAGCAUGCGUCAGUGCAUUCCGGGGCCGGAAGAUGGCGGGAAUUAUAUUAUGUACCGUCACGCAACAAAAGGAACUUCCGCCAAUAACAGACGUUUCUCACCGUGUUCUGUGAGAAAUAUAUCUCUGGUUCUGGAUGCCAUCUACCAAAGCACCCAAGUUGAUAAUGGGAAAUAUUAUUGCUUCAAAGCAUCAAAUCUGACGUUCUGUGGGAAUCGUAUGGUUGAAGAGCACGAGGAAUGCGAUUGCGGUUUUGACGAUCACGAGUGUCGAGACGAUAAGUGCUGCCACCCGCGGAUCGGCUCAGACGGGAAACAGCACAAAUUGGCGUGCAAACUCGUACACGGUCCAGACUCGUGCAGCCCAAGCCAAGGUCCAUGUUGCCGAGGUAGCGAGUGCUCUGUCAUAAAACUUCAAGAGGAGGUUGAAUGCGCCAAAGAGUCUGAGUGCAAAGAACGCAGCAAAUGCGACGGACUAAGUCCCAAGUGUCCUCGUGCGUCUUCCAAACAGGAAUUGACCGAGUGCAAUCAUAGAACUCAAGUAUGCAUGAAUGGCGAGUGUAACGGAGCGUAUUGCAUGAAAUGGAAUCUCCAGGAAUGCUUCCUGACAUCAUCGAAAGUUCAAGACAAGCGGAAGCUCUGCGAGUUGGCGUGUCAGUUGAAGGGACGCCCUGAAACGUGCACUUCAACCUCCAGAUUGUAUGCUGCAAUUGCUGGGCGUGACAUUGACCUGUCGACAAAUGAGGUCCAAGUGGACAAUAUUGCCCCCGAGCUAUUGGAGCAGUUUACCAAGUCGUUGAACUUCAAUGCGACCGAACCCCUGAGGACUAUUCAUUUGAUGCCGGGAUCAGCCUGUGAUAAUUAUCAGGGAUAUUGUGAUGUUUUCCAAAAAUGCCGCGCAGUUGACGAGGAAGGCCCAUUGUUGCGUAUCAAGCGGCUCUUCUUUGGAAAAGAGACGCUCAAGACAAUUCAAGAAUGGAUUACUGAGCGGUGGUGGGCUGUUGUGCUGAUUGCUGUUGGGUUGAUCGUGACCAUGGCCGGGCUGAUCAAGUGCUGUGCCGUCCACACACCAUCUUCUAACCCGAAACGGCCGCGGGCCCGUCGACUUCAGGACACAUUCUACUACGUGCCGAUGACGACGGCUCGUCGAGUCGGCUCAGCAGCCUCAUCCACGCUACGUCGCGUGCGUCAUCAUCAUCACCACCACCAUCCUGUACAGCAAGUACGAGUCCCAGGUUACGCCGCUCCUAAUGUGCACUUGGAGCUGAUGCCAGGCGGUGGACGUCGCGGAAGAAAUGGCCGCGGGGCGGCGAUGUCGGAUGCCGAGGCGGAAAUUAGUCUCGCGCCGCCGUCGUCGGCGUCGUCGCAACCUCCACGAGGUCGCGGACGCCGCGAAGUUGGGAACGGAGGAGGCGGAAUGCUCGUGGCAAUACCGCCGCCUGCUGCCGGUCUGCCCAAAGCCGGCAAACGCGGAUCUCGGCCCAGUAACAGGGAAUUCAGCUUGGUCCAGGGCCCAAGUCAAGGUAAACCAGUGAAAGGGCGAAAGAAGUGAGGAACACCAGUACCGAAAUUCUUCCUCCCGCGUUCAGUCGUGUUAGACUGCUUUUUUUGUAUCGUGCGAGUGAUGUACAAAAGAUACGUGUUUUGCAGUUUCCUCCGUGAAUGGUCUCGCGGAUUUUCGGCGUGAUGCUCUACUUCUGAAUCCUGGAGCUUAAAGCCUAACAACUGCGGAUAAAUUUCCUGAAUAAGUAGUUGCUGCAUCUAAUUUCGCUCCAGAGGUUUUUUUCCCCCCUCCGAACCGUUUUGUAGUUCUGUGUUGACGGAGAACGUAGAUUAUGGUCCUGUCGCUGGAGCUAGGAAAGGGUGCAACAAAAUUAUGGGUCGCGAUCUCCUCGGAAGUCCGUGAGACCAUUUGAACUGGGUACUCAUAAAUCGCGUCGGGAUUUCGACGUCCGGUUUUUUUUAUCGAAGAUAAUUGAUUAUUAGGACAUACUGCCAUGUCGAGAAGAAAACAAAAUUAUUGUCAUUUUCCCACGAAGAGAUAAGUGAGAAGUUAGUGUGAAGAAGAGUCUCGUUUAUCUUAGAGUUGAGAGUUUUAUCGCUGCUGUGAAGCCAAAAGCGCGAAGAAGCACUCAUCGGAUCAGUUGGUGGAAGAGAGGCUAAUGAAUUAAAUUCGUUUGAUCAUUUUUGUGUUUCGCUAAUUGAAAAGGGCGACUUAUUUUAUUCAUUUAUGUUUUGGAUGCUUUCACGUGCGUAGGUGAAUUGCUUUCAUUCAAUCGGUGAGAUAAGAUUUCGAGACUUAUUAAUUGCAGUGCUCCUGUCCAAAGCUGUUUUUCAAUUUGCUGAUUUUGUGGGUCUGUGGACGAUUGAUUGAUAGAUCAAUCUGUUCUUCAAUAUAUGUUCGGAAGAUUUUUUGAGUGUUUUCAUGGUGAUCUCUGAUUUGAUGAGGAGGGAAGAAAUUUUGAAACUUGAGAAAAUCAAAAAAACAUACUGGCUCGAUGGUACUUACGGAAAAGCAAUCGUUCAUCUGAUUUAUUCGCGUAUAAUGAGAAAAGGUCGUAUAUAUGACAUCGUCUUUUUUACGAUUGACUGCAUUCCUUGAGGAAGAAUUUGUCAUUUCUUGUGGAAUCUUUGCAAUUGCAUUUACCAAAGAAUUACAUAAGACCGAACCCUCAUUUGUUUCUCCUCCAGUGAAGCAGACGGACAGUGAUGUUCGCAAGACAUAUUUUAAACUAUAAACCAAGAUUGGAAAUCAUAUUCCUUAUCUUCUGUGGCUGGCAUAUUUUUCAAGCAAUUCAUGCUUUGAGUUUCCGAGGAUGUUCGGGGGCCGAAGGGAGGCAAAUUGGGAGUAUCGCAGCUUUACGGGAGAUUUAAUCGUUUUUCCGCAUGCAUGUUCCUGCUUUUUUUAUUUAUGGGAGAAAAGCAACGAAAUGGCGGCAUUUGUUUUUCCGAGUUUUGUGCUUCGAUUGCCGGGAAGAAUUUUUGGUCGCAUUUUCUUUCAUUUUUGGUCGUGAAUUUUAUGUAAUGCGAAUCUCCGUACAGUGAGAAAGGAUUAGGUGGUUCUUCCGAAGAUGGUGUGAUUUCUGCGAAGAUGUUUCCUCUUGCGUUUAUCCGACUUUAAAAAGGCAUCCCCCGUUUUUCAUUCCGUGCGUAGAGAAAUCGUGUUUUCUUUCGGCUCACGCACAUUAUUGGCAGUGUCUGGAAAAAACAUUUUUGAGUGAUGGGACAUCAAUGAAGAAUGUGCUGUUUUUUAUAUCGAA